AUGGCGGCCGCGGAGGACAAAGAGAAUGUCGCGCCCUUCACGUCCAGCGACCCACUGCAGAAACGAAGCGGCAGCUCGUCACCGAAGAAGGCUGCUAGGAAAGGACGAAGCAAAAGUAUCGGACCAGGAGGACUUGACGAGCCAGAAGCACCAAAACAGGACAGACAGGAUGCGAAAACCAGGCGCAAAUCUACCUACGUCCCAGCGACCAAGUCUAUCUUGUCUACAGAGCAGGAGAAAGCUGAGCGACAGGCGGCGCGUCGCAAGACUCUAGCCAACAGACGCGUUUCUUUUGCGCCAGAGGCGACACUGCACACAUGGGAUGUCAUCGAGUUCAUGCGCGAUCAGACAACAUCCACAGAGUCAUCCGAGGGCACGCGACGGGCCUCAAACUUCACGAGAUCUUCGAAUGGUGGCUCGCCCUCGAAGCGAACAACGAACGUCGGCUCGGACCCGCCGUCUACGCCACCAGAACAGGAAGAUGAGCCGGAUAUCAUACCAGCGUCGCCAGCACAUCAGCGCGAUUUGCACCAGAAGAAGAUAAGGCGAAGCUCUGGAGCAUCUUCUCAGGUCGACUCUAGCCCCAGCGAAGGGUCGUCUCCCAGCGGCGUUAUUGUCAGCAGCGAUGCGUCGGAAAGCGAGGACGAAGAUGAUGCACUGGGCUCUGACGACGACACUGGUACUGCUAUGAGCCUGGACAUGGUCGACGAGAAUACUACGCAGUCCAACUUGGGGAGCGAGUUCAGCACCGGCUCGGUGGCUAGCUUAGACGCUCGUCUUAGGCUGGCGGCUGAACAGGCAGGAACUCGAGGCAUCGAAUACGAUGAGUAUGGAGAUGCAUCAAUGGAACUCGCUGGGGAGGAGGUCACCAACGCAUUCAAGCCGUGGAUGAAUCAGCACCAGGAGCCUAUAGGUUCUGCUUCCCUGGACCAGGAAAAUGUGAACCCGUUCUCGCCUGCUUUCAAGGCCCAGCUUGUCUCAGGGAGGGUAAGCCGUCCAUCUACCGUACAUGAGGAGGAUACUGGCGAUCUGAGCAUGGACGUCACUCGAGCAGUAGGUGGCAUUCGUGGUGCUGAACAGGAGCAAGAUUCUCCGAGCUCUCAAUUUGGCGACGGUACGAUGGACCUGACGCAAGCGGUCGGAAAGAUCCAAGGUCCACAAGCCGGCCAAAAGAGACGCCGAUCGACAGCUGAGACAGGUUCGCCUCUGGUGACGGGGCCUGCAAGCCAAGCCAAGCGGCGACGCUCGUCAGUUGCACGCUCGUCGAUGGGCGAUGAUACCAUGGACCUGACUAUGGCUGUUGGUGGUAUCCAAAACGGUGGCUCUCCUGCCAAAGUGGAGCGUCGGAAGAGCGUUGUGCGCCGGCGAUCCUCUGGCAUUGCGUCGGAAGCGGACGAUGGGACGAUGGAUCUGACGCAGGCUGUUGGUAGCAUCAAGCCCGCCAGCAAGGCAGAGCAUACAGCAUCCAGCUUUGAUGAAAAUGAAGAACUUACUAUGGAGCUGACGACUGUACUGGGUGGCAUCAAAGCGGGAGAAAAGGUAGCUGCCGGCGAGAGACCGGCCACGCCACAGGAAUCACAGUCACCAAUCCGGAAUGCUGCGAACACUACUCCUAAAGACCAAGAACGCUUCAGGGAUGCAUCGGACAGUGGGGCGAAGAAGCAUUUAACACCGCUCUUCCAGAAACAGGUCAUCCACUCAGUAGCGAAGCACUCUCCCGGCAGCAAGACAGUUUCUUCGGCCUCUCCCAACGUCCGGACGAGGGCGAGCGUGGCCUUUGCUGAGUCUCCAGCACCGUUCGGAGCGGCUGAUGCACCGUCUGCUCCUAUCAGUAAGACCACAACGCCGAAAUCCUCACCGCCGAAAGCAGCAACUCCAUCAUUGAGCGCAAGCAAGUCUCCUGUACGCGCGACAGCCAACAAAAGCCCAGUCCGAGAGCGACCACGUACUACUCCAGAUAGCGCGCUACGACAGCAAUUGGAUGAACAACUCCAGGAUCCUGGAGCGUCGCCUUCUGCACUCAAAGUCCAACGAAGCUCUCCCAUCAAGGCUGUGUCAACGCCAGACAAGGCCCAGGAGAGCUCGCAAGACGGCCGACGCUUGGCCGACUCCAUCAAACUACUUUCCACGCCACGGAAGGAAGUCUUGAAGAGUCUCACGCCUAGGAAGCAAGCUCAAAGUCCGCCGAAGGCCGCCACACCUCGACCCAGGCCGACCCCGAAGAGCAGCAAUGCCUCUCAGAAGUCGCCCGCGAAACAGCUGAACGAGGACAUGAAGAGACUCCAGGACAAUCGCGCGCAAGUCGAGAAAGUGCAGCUUCAAAAGUUCUUGGACUUGGCUAGUAUUCGCUUCAUGGAUCUCACGACGACCAAACGAAGGAUGACUACUGCCCCGACGCCUUCUAAAGCUCGUAAAGCGGAUGAGGUCGAAGAUCAACGUGAGGUCUCUUUGGAGUCAGCCGUAGUGGCUGGCUCUUGUACCGUUCCGGAGCUGGAGAUGUACGAGCAUGCAUGUCAUGAACUCAAGCGCUACAUCUCCGACGGCAAACGCGUAAUCAAAGAGCUCGACGUCGAGACUGCAAAGUCGACGCCACCUUUGUUGCAGGCAUACCUGGCAGCCAGCCCAGGCAGAAAGGGUGCGUUGGAUUCCCAGAUGCGCGAGAUCAAAACGCAAGCUCGACUUCGAAGUAAAGAGCUCUGGUAUGCCUGGCGAAGCCAACUGCUCGAGGAUUUGAUGAGAGGCUUGCAGGGGAUUGGUGAAGGCUUGAUCAGGGAUGACGAGGGUCUAAGUCAUGCCGAGGAGAUUCUGGAAAAGAUCGUACCGGGAUUGGCGCAGCAGUACGUAGCUUUGAAGGACGAGGCCGCUCGAUUGGAGGAGGAGAGCGCUGCUACCAAUGAAGAAGAAAGAGAAGAGCUGGAACACGCGAGGGAGCGACUGGGGAACGUCAGCGAAGAGGCCGAUGAGAAAAGGAAGAUGCUGGCAGACUUGCAGAAAGAGAUGCAGGAACAAGAAACGACGGCCAACGAUCUGGAGGAGAACCGCGCGGAGUUCGCGGCGGCUAUCCAAGAAGCUGAGAGGGUGAAGGAGAGCUGCCGAAGCGUCUCUACCGCUGAGAUCACCGCGCUGAAGGGCAAGUCAUCUGUUUCAUUCCUCCUACUCCGACUCAAACUCUUCUUGCAUCCUCUCGCUUUUCGCCUUCCGGACAAAACCAGUCGCGCCCGGCCUAAUGCGCCUAUUAGCUUGCACUACACAGGGGCUGCUCCGUUGACGACGACGCUGCGCUUCUUUCUGCAGCUGCUGCAGGCGAGCUUGCAAGCGCUGCCGCAAUGCGAGACGCGGGUGCCAGACUUGCUGAAGCUCGUCAGCAAUGGCUGGGACGCAGCAUGCGAAGUCGCAGAGGCCGAAAGGAGGGUUGGGCUAGGGGCGUUGACAGAGGCUAAGAUCCUCUCUGACGAACGGAUGUGCGUGGUGAGCACGAUCUUGCUGCCCAAAGUGCGGAGUAAGGUCAGGAUCACCUUUGAGGUUUCGGCUGCAGUUGGUGGAGAUCAGGAUGGGUUGGCGUUGAGCACAACCGUGGAGCCUCAUGUGGAAGUUGUGUACGGGGAGAAGUACAAUGAGAAGAAGAUGACCGAAUUCGUGGCGAAAGCGAUUGAGAGCCGGCUCGAAGGGUGGGACGGCGUGGUCAGGAGCUUGAGGGAACGACUUAUCGCAAGAGGAGCGAAGGGCGGGAAGAAGUGA